CGAUAAAGCGCUAAUAAUGGUAAUAAAGUUAUGGAGAUCCACUUUCAUUCGCCACUGCUGCUUCUAUGAAAGAGAAAAGUGAAUGGGACAGCUUUAUUUUCUGUGAAUAAAAAUGAGCACUUCCUCCUCUCCAGAUUCCCAAGUUGUCACGGUACUGAUCAGUGAUCUUGCUGCCAUGGCCGGCAACAUCUCAAUCCUCAAACCUACCUUGUUCGUCUUCUCAGUCUUCCUUCUCUUUCAUAUUUCAAUUGCUACCAGCUCUACACCUCCUUACGUCGCUGUUGAGAAUACAGCACUCAACUGUGGCACUUCUAACAACUCAAACGCUAACGACGGGCGCGAGUGGGCUGGAGACGGAGAGAACUCCAAAUUCGCUCCCAUAGAAGAAGAUGACCACAAAUCUUAUAACUCGACAGCUCAAACCCCAGACCCCUCCGUCGAUACUGUCCCCUACAUGACUGCCCGUGUCUCUUAUUCCCAAUUCAAGUACGUGUUUCCUGUCACCUCCGGUCCGAAAUUUAUUCGUUUGUACUUUUACCCGGUUUCUUACUCUGGUCUUGAUGCAUCUAUGGCCUUUUUUACCGUCAAAGCUGGUAAGUUCACCUUACUUAGAAACUUCAGUGCUUACAUUCUUGCUAACUACUCGGAGGAAAAGACUCUUUCUAAAGAGUUCUGCAUCAAUGUCAUUGAAGAAGAUGAUCAGAAGUUGAAUUUAACAUUCAUCCCAUCUCCAACUCCAAGUACUGCUUCUAGUAGUAGAUUCUAUGCCUUUAUUAAUGGAAUUGAGAUUGUCUCCAUGCCCAACGACCUCUACUAUAGCUCAGAUGAUUCUGUAGGCAUCCCUUACGUCGAUCAAAUAUCUCGGUUCUACAUAGACGAAACUAUGGCACUCGAGAUGGUUGUUCGGUUAAAUGUGGGAGGGAUUUCGAUUUCACCGACCAACGACACUGGCAUGUUCGGAGAAUGGACUCAGGACACAAAUUAUAAGUUGAGUGGAGGCGUAAUCCCUCGUGAGCCAGAUUUGAAACUUUUAUACUCAGAAAUAGAAAAUUACAGUGCACCAGAUGAUGUGUAUCGGUCUGCUAUUUCAAUGGGUCCAAAUGACAAUAAUUUGCUCUCAAACUUGACUUGGAGUAUAGGCGUUGAUGUGGGAUUCAAGUAUCUGGUGAGGCUUCAUUUCUGCGAAAUAGAGCCCAAUAUAACGAAAGCCGGCGAUAGGCCUUUCAGUAUUUAUAUAGACAAUAAGACAGCCGAGGAGACGGCGGAUGUUAUUAUGGUGUUCCGCGACUAUAUAGUAAUGAUCGAAAAGAAGGGUGCUGAGGGCAAGCGUAAUUUCUACAUUGCUCUACAUCCUAGAGAAGAAGCUAAUUUAGUCCACGAUGCUAUUUUAAACGGGAUGGAAGUGUUCAAAUUGAGUGAUGAGCAAGAUAACCUUGCUGGACCGAAUCCUGUCAUGAUUACCGUGCCCUUUACACCGCCAGCUCAACAAUCUGCUUCGACAACCAAUGAGUCUAAGAUAAGGAAAACAAUAUUCAUUGCCAUCGGAAGUGGUGUGGGCUUCUUGGUCGUGCUCGCUCUAGUGUGUUGCGUGGCUCUCUGGAAACUGAGAAAGACCAAACACUAUGGUUCUUAUUAUCCACUAUCGAAGUGUUGGUGCUGGCCCGACCCCGGUAUAGGAAAGUCCAAACGGUCAAAAGCCUCAUCGCUGCCGGAAGAACUAUGCCGCCACUUCUCACUAGAAGAAAUCAAAAAAUCAACCCACAACUUCCACGUAGAGUUAAUUAUUGGCGAGGGAGGUUUUGGCAAUGCAUAUAAGGGUCUCGUUGACGAGGGUACCGAGACUGUGGCAAUCAAGCGCUUGAACCCGGAGUCAAAGCAAGGUCGUCGCGAGUUCUUGACAGAGAUCGAGAUGCUCUCUCAGCUUCGCCAUGUCCACCUCGUCUCUCUUAUCGGAUUCUGCAACGAUGACGGCGAGAUGAUCCUUGUCUACGGCUACAUGACCAACGGCACGCUCCGCCACCACCUCUAUGAGACUGACAAUGCCCCCCUCGAUUGGAAACAGAGGCUAGAGAUUUGUAUUGGAGCGGCGUGUGGUCUGAACUACCUGCACACGGGCAUGAAGAAGCCAAUCAUCCAUCGUGAUGUGAAGACGACCAAUAUUCUGUUGGACUCGAAAUGGGUGGCCAAGGUUUCAGAUUUUGGGUUGUCCAAAGAGGGUCUAGAUAACACCGCGGUCAGUACCAUGGUAAAGGGUACGUGGGGGUAUUUGGACCCGGAAUACGCAAAACGUCAACAACUGACUGAAAAAUCGGAUGUGUACUCCUUCGGCGUGGUGCUCUUGGAAGUUUUAUGUGCCCGAAAAGCACUAGAUCGCAAACUGCAAGAGGAGCAAUGGAAUCUGGUCAGCUGGGCCCGAAAAUGCAUUGAGAAUGGGAGCAUGGGCGAAAUCAUAGAUCCCUAUCUAAAGGGGAGGAUAGCUCCGGCGUCUUUCAAGGUAUACUUGGAGGUGGCGGAGAGUUGUGUGCGUGAUCAGGGGAUCCAACGGCCUACCAUGAACGACGUGAUGGAAAAGCUCGUCUUCGCGUUGCAACGGCAGAAGGAAGCAGAUGACGCCGCGGAGAAAAUCAAUACCGACGGUGAGCAUACCUAUACGGAGGUGUUAUCAUUCCAUGAUGUCGGUACCACCGGAGCCGCUCGGUGCAACAACGUUCUUAGUGGAGACGUGCUGGAAUCGGAUAGUGGGACGGGGUUAACUUGGACUCAUGAUACUGGGUUAACCUACCCAAGUCUAGAUUCUGAUAGUGUUACGUGCGAAGAUGUGCUCACAGACACUAUCAACUCUAAAGCGUAAAAGGUGUCCCCUUCCAUGCUUUAUCGCAACGUGUGAUGACUGAUUAUGCUGAUCAGUUAUAGUAAUUAUUAAU